UAGGCUUUGGUCUCUCUCGCUUCUGCUUCUCCUUGCAAACCCUAGAGCUUUACGCUCUUGCCGGCCCUUCAGAUUUUAGGGUUUGCGUUGAAAUUCAGUGAAAGCAACAUGCUGGUUUACCAGGAUAUCCUCACUAACGAUGAGCUUCUUUCAGACUCAUUCUCAGCUAAAGAAAUUGAAAAUGGCAUGUUGUUGGAAGUUCAAGGAAAGUGGGUAGUCCAAGGUGCUAUAAAUGUUGAUAUUGGAGCAAACCCUUCUGCUGAAGGCGCCGAUGAAGGCGAGGGAGUGGACGACCAAGCUGUUAGAGUGGUCGAUAUUGUUGACACCUUUCGCCUUCAGGAGCAACCCGCCUUUGAUAAGAAGCAGUUUGUCACCUUUAUGAAACGAUAUAUCAAGAAUCUGACACCCAAAUUGGAUGCUGAGAAGCAGGAGUUAUUCAAGAAACAUAUCGAGUCUGCCACUAAAUUUCUGCUUUCAAAACUCAGCGACUUGCAAUUCUUUGUGGGUGAAAGCAUGCAUGAUGAUGGAACAUUAGUGUUUGCUUACUAUAAGGAUGGUGCGGCUGAUCCAACUUUCCUGUACUUCGCUUAUGGAUUAAAGGAGAUCAAAUGCUGAAUGAUACAAGCUGCUUCCCCCUCUAAGAGGGGACGGCCUCGGCGUCGGCCUCGGCAUCUGUUGUUGUACCCCCCCCUACCCACUCUUUAUAUUUAUUUUAUGCUGCUUUCGAAAAUUUUACCGUUUUUGAACUUCUAUUGUGCGUGUUCGGUAUGUUCAGUGAAUGUUCAAACUGGUAACUUUGUUAUUGCCUUGAUGUUUGAUUGAAGGUGUUAUUAGUUGAUUAGCAGAAAAUAAUGUUAAAUCAGAUUUUGCAAUUUGUUGUAUUCAAGAAGGCUGGAUAA